AUGUCUCUGUCGCGAGCUUUCACCACCUCUCGCCGCAGGCUCGGCCUGGACACCGACUCCACUCCCAGCUUCAUGAAGCGCAGCAACACCACCAAGGCUCCCGAAUUCCGCCCCAAGAUCUCUGGUCCCGUUGAGCUCAUUCACACUACCAACAUUCUCACCUACAAUGCGCCCGACCUGCCCCGUCCUCACCGCAGCAACUCGGCAUCUUCCAAGGCUGCCGAGUCGGACACGGAAACCUUCAUGACCGCCGAGUCUACGCCCCCCACCAGCCCUGAUGUAGCUCCUGGUGAGCGCGACUGCUCUUCGCCCACCCCGGAGCCAAACCACCUGUCCUGCUACUUCCAGACCGCUGCCCAGGCCACUCCGGAUCCUGCCGCGCCCGCCAUUCCCAGACGCUCGCCCUCGCACACCAAAAAGGCCAGCUACGAGGCCCUCGCUCGCAAGCGCUCCGUCUCCCGCCAGUCGCGCGACUCCGACAUGUCGGCCUCUUCGCGCCCUGGACUGACCUUUUCCCGCGCCUCGUCCACUUCAACACGUGCCUCGUCCGCGUCCCACUCGUCUAUUGCACAAAAAUCGACUCCCGUCACCCCACCAGCCAACCCCAGCAAAGAACCUCAUCCUUUUGGCCAGGAGCUCGCUCAGGUUAGCGAGCUCGCCGAAGAGUAUGGCGUCGGCAACAAGCUCAAGCCCAUCGACGAGGAAGAGGAGAUGUACCUCAACUCCCGUGGCCUCACAAAGUUUAGCGCCGACGACUACCUUGGUAUCGUCCACAGCCUCAGCAGCUCGUUUUUCGCUGAGCACCCUGCGGCGCCUGCUCCUCUCUGGAUCUAA